UAUAAUAUUCAUAUUUUUCAAUUUAUUCAGAAUUAUAACCUGUGGAUAAUGCACAAUCACUUUGUUAAGAAUAUUCCACUAUAGACAAUAACUAUUAUCUAAGAAUACUGCCACCUAGUGGAAAUGCAUCAUAACCUUUAGUUUGUUAUUAAACAAUCAAUGGUUUACAACGCAAUUCUACCUGUAUGCUUCAAUUUUUCUUCUUAAGAUACAAUGCUUCUAGUAUGGACAACAUUAAUAGUCCAGCUUAUGCACAGUUACGGUCUCCAAACAAGUGGUUGCGGUUUCAACUCUAUGUGUACGUGUUCUCCAGACCAAAAUGACCUUAGUGCCAGAACUAUUCACAGCGUCAGUUGCCUGUCAGUGCCAUUUUACAAGUUCCCAAAUUUGCCCGAAGGCAGCAUCAGCCAACUCGAAGUGGUGGGAUCGAAGUCGACUUGCCUGGAGGAUCAAACUUUGGCCGGUUGCCAAGUGCAAGCUCUCGUUCUGACCAAUAACCACUUGCAACACGUGGCGGAUCGCGCUUUCAGUUCGCUGUGGAAAAGCCUCACCUCGCUGGAUCUGAGCUAUAAUCAACUAGACAGCGUUCCUUUCGUCGCUCUCAAAGAGCUGAGGAGCUUGCAGUGGAUUAAUUUGCACGGAAAUAAAAUAUCAUCGAUACUGGGCGAAUGGUCCCACAUGAAAAACACCGUUGCCACAUUAUUCCUCGGCGAGAAUGACAUCACCGAAAUCCCGGCCGAGACGUCCGAACACAUCUCAAAAAAUCUUCACGGUCUGCGAACGUUCAAGUCCCUCAUUUGGCUCAACCUGGACGGAAACAGAAUAUAUAAAAUCCAUAAGCACUCCCUGCCGCUGACUCUCCAGACCGCCAGCAUCUCCCAUAACAUGAUUGAAAACUUCCCGCUCGAGAUCGUUGCGUCCCUGCCUCAUUUGCAAUGGCUGUAUUUACGAGGUAAUCACAUAAAAACGAUACCUGAACACACGUUCACGAGGAAAUUGUGGCUGGAGAAAAUCGAUCUCGGCGAAAAUUACCUAAAAACUCUGCCGAGGAAUCCGUUUAACGGGUCGGUCUACAUAAGGGACUUAAAUUUGGCCUUCAACGACUUUAGAUCGCUCACACCCGAUAGUUUUGGCGGCCUGCAAUGUGGAAGAAUCAUUUUGUCGUAUAACAUGUUGGAGACGUUGGACGUCAACACCUUCUCGAGGAUCGAGGAGUCGCUGGAGUACCUCGAUUUUGACCACAACAACUUCCAAAACGUUCCGCAGGCGAUUAGUCAGUUGAAAUCGUUAAAAUAUCUAUAUUUAUCAUCGAAUUUGCUGAGCGAAAUACCGGACAGAGCGUUCGAGAAUUUUUGUCCAAGUUUAAAAGCACUUAGUUUAAGCGGAAACCAUUUAACAAAAGUUCCCGCUCAGGCCUUGGUGAAUUGUUCCAAGAUCGCCCAUUUUAAUAUAGCUUUUAACGAAAUCUACGAGAUCGACCAGAGUGACUUUACGAACUGGGGUUCUAACAUAAAAAGCCUUGUCUUAGGUAACAACCGCAUUACCACGUUGAAAAGUCAGAUAUUCGCCGAUUUGCGGGAACUAAAAGAACUGAGCUUGAGUUUUAACCCUUUGAGAGCCAUCGAUACCGACGCAUUUGUCGGACUGGAAGGUCUGGAAAGCUUGGAAAUGUCGUUCGGCGUCGAUCGCGAAGACUUGCCCUAUUAUAUUUUCAAACCGUUAACAAACCUAAAGUGGCUCUCCAUCGACCACAACAACUUUCACACUAUUACGGAAGGAUCACUUGACUCGUUAACGGAACUGAAAUAUUUGAAUUUGGAAUCCAAUAAGCUAACGACCAUACCUGUAAAUCUUUUCAAGCCGAUUCGCCACUCCAAAUUAAAGGACGUCCGAUUUUCGAACAACGAAUUGACCGGAAUUCCUUCGGACACGUUUCGAUCUUUAAUCAGUUUAGAGACCAUUUUACUUACCGGAAACAAAAUAAAACACAUCCAGACGGAUGCUUUUAGUGACCUACAGAAUCUUAACAAAUUAAUCAUCUCGAAUAAUCUUAUAAGUCGUAUAAGUUCGGGGGCUUUUUCAAAUUUACCCUCAUUAUCCAAAUUAGAUUUGCAAAAUAAUUUACUGUCCGAAAUUUCUUUCGGAUAUUUCACAAACAUCUCCAAUCCUCUUAAACUAAAUUUAAGCCGAAAUCAGAUUUCCUCGUGUAAUUCAGACUCUAAAGUUUUAAACGUUGAAAUACUAGACUUAAGAUACAACAAUCUGCCGCGAGUCCCCAUCUGUUUAGAGCACACAGCUUUAUUAAAGAAAUUGUAUUUGGAUUUUAAUAUUAUUUCUACCCUUGAACACAACGGUUUCAUGCAUUUAACUUCGCUGGAGUAUCUGUCUCUGCAACAAAACAAUAUUAUGAUAGUUAGUAGGAAGGCCUUUUUUGGCCUACAAAAUUUACAAUACUUAGAUUUAUCCAAAAAUAUUUUGCAACAAUUACAUACGAAUCAAUUCGCCAACAUGCCAAAGUUAAGAAUUAUAAACCUGAGUGGAAACAGACUUACUUACCUCCCCAAAGACAUAUUCAGAAACACCCUGUUGGAGAUGUUAGAUAUAAGUGAGAAUUCAUUUUCCGUAGUCCCCAGCGUAAGUCUGUCAGACGUAGGUUUAACACUAAGGCAUUUAUCUAUGCGUGCAAACAACAUAGAACACAUCGACAUAACAACGUUUCCGGACAUGCCGUUUUUGCAACUGCUAGAUUUAAACAGCAACAAACUUACGAUCCUGCCAGACAACGUAUUCACGAGCCUCAGUCAACUGCAACACCUCGACUUAGGUUCUAAUCCCCUGCGUGCCAAUUUCAAGGAGCUGUUCCACUACGCCCAAAGUUUGAAACAUCUCAACUUGGCGGACUCGGGCAUUACUUCCACCCCCCAUCUUCCGCUGCCAAAUCUCGUGCACCUCAACCUAUCGCACAAUCACAUCGAAUCAAUUAAUAAGAACUCCGUGCAGGAAUUGUCGAAGCUCAAGACCCUGGAUCUGAGCCACAACGACGUGAUGACGAUUCCCUCCUAUUUGUGGAUCCAUCUGCCUAAUUUGAAGACUUUGGACGUCUCGUUUAAUCCCAUCAAGGAGAUCGUUUCGGAUAGUUUUUACGGCCUGCAAAACUUACAAGUGUUGAACAUACAGGGUCUACGUUAUUUACAUAAGUUUGAAAGUAUGGCACUAACGCAGCUCAAAAUAUUAUCGACCCUCUACAUGCAAACUUGGCCAAAAAUUGAGCACUUCUCCGACCAGUUCUGUAACUUACUUUCGAAUGCGGACCAGUUAAGGAUACUGAAAAUACACUUCAUGGAAACCAAAUUGGAUGAGCAACUGUUGUGUGUUACGAACAGGAAAUUGAGGCACUUAGAAAUUACGGGAAGGAAUUUAAAAACGGUGGAUAGGGACGCAUUCGCCAGAUUUAACAGGAAUCCGGAUCUGGUGGUGAAAAUCCAUAACACCAACAUCGAAGAACUACCACCGGGAUUGUUUUCCAAUAUGUAUAAAAUAUCUUAUCUUACAAUCGACUUAAGAAACAACUUGUUGACUUAUUUAAGUCCUGAAAUUUUUUACGGAAACUCCACAACAUGGAAAAAUGUAGGAACCACAUUGAUAUCAGGAGGCCUGACCAUAUCUGAGAACCCCUUUAGAUGUGGCUGCCACCUGGCGUGGCUGGGACAUUGGCUCAGAAGAUGGACUCGCGAAAUUUUGCAAACUCACAACGCCCCAGUGGAGACUGCCAUUAGGAUGCACGAGAUGGUGAACGAGGCUACGUGCACAGAUAGUGCCACCGGUGCCAGAAUUCCAAUUGUGAAGUUACCACCUGAAGACAUGAGUUGCCAUGCCAGUGCAUUGAGCAGAGCGCCAAAUCCAAAUAAAACACCUGUGAUGUUCGUUUUAAUGCUAUUCAUUGUUAAUUUUGUUAAUAGGUACGUUUAUAUAUAGACUAAUGUAAACUAACUCUUCCAGAUGUGUUUUUUUUUAGUUUUUUUAUUGUUUAAUCUAGUAUAAUGGUUAAAUUUUAUAUGUAAAUUAUGUACAUAAUAAUAUAAAUUAAACAUAUCAUGCCCGUUAGAUGUAGGAGUUUGGUUUUUUAUUUAAUGAUUGCUCAAGAGAUGUCAAUCAAAUAUGCACAUGAGUUGUUUCUAACCAAUUAAAUAAUGAAAUAGUGUUUUGUAAUGGUCAUAAAAUAAAUAUAUAACUUGUUAUA